GCCCACUGCUCAGUGUCGUUUCAGCCAUUAAGGCAGUUGGUCGUAAAGAGCAGAUAAAACUCGAUCAACGCGAGAGUUUUGGCUAAAGAUAAACGGCGAGCAUCGGGAAAGUAAACAGAGGCGGAAAAACAAAUGUUUGACUUAUCUUAAUUGGAUAAUUAUAUCACAAUGGACGCAGUGCAGCAGCAAACAAACAGCACUAGCAACAUCGACAGCGCCAAAUGCCAGAGGCUGAAGAGAUUCGUGAUCGUAGGCCUGCUGAUCACCAUUGGCAUUUUGAGCUGGCACUUCUACGAGUACUUCCACAGCAAGCCGCUGCCCAAAACGCCGGAUGACGUCUUGACCCUCUCGAAGAAUCUGUACGCGGAGGAGACCGAGGUCAGUCCAUACCUCUACAAGGUGAAUCUCCAGGGGAAGACCACUUCAGGUGCUCACGAUGAUCGCGCCCCUAGAAACCUCUUUGAAUUGCACCAGGAUCUCCUGGCCAGGGAUGCCAACUCCACCACCGCUCUGCUAAUGAGGCUCUUUGACAACUACGAGUUGGACGUGGCUGUGCAGGAGCAUCCAACGCCGGAGCACAUCCACGAGCAGCAUGAUUUCCUAAGGGCCGUGAUGGGUACGCGUGUGAUGAAGCUGACCAUGCGUUAUUUGGUACACAAGAAUAUUGUGAGCGUAGAAUAUGACGAUCAGCUGCGUCUGCUGCAGGAGCUGUGGUUCACUCCCUACUCCAGAGGUCGUGGCAUCGUGGGCAGUUCCAGUUUCGAGCACGUCUUCAUGGCGGAGAUUCGGGACCAGAAGGUCCUGGGCCUGCAUAACUGGCUGUACUUUGCCGAUCAGGAGCAGCGUGGCAAUGUGGACUACAAGGGCUGGCUGAGCCACAAGGAAAUGGGAAAGAACAACCAAAUGGUCCUCAGCGUUCGCUACACGUUCCACAACAUCAAUAAACCAGUCAACGGCUUCUUUGUGGGCACCUCGCCCGAACUUGACCUCGCCCUGUACACCGCCUGCUUCCUGGCCACGGCGGAGGAGGAACCCUGCCACAUCCAGUUGGGCCAUGCCUCCGCCACGAUUGUCUCCCACGGAUGGAAAUGGAACGGCAUGCGCCUGAUAGGAACCGCCUAUCCGGACAGCUCCUAGAUCAAAUUACUUACAUUCGUGUUACCUCAUCGAAAUCAGCAAACGGCUAACCUCCAAGCUCAAAGUCAAGUUCAUUUUAGUUUGCCACUUUAUGAGUGCUUGGCCCAGUUGUCGCUGGCAAUUGACGAGGAUGUCAGUCAGGACAUGAACAAUGCCCGUCUGCCUAUCAUUUUGGUUGUUUUGACAGGAUUGCGUGGCGCAAAGCACUUACAUCACGAAGUUGUUUAUUAGUUCUAACAUUAAUAGUUAUUACUGGCGGAAAUUAUGCAAGAGGCAAAAGCGUUUAUUUCGAAAGUGCGAAAGGAAGAAAAGUGAUUGUGACGUUUUAGUAUUAUGCCUCGAAAUGGAUUCAAUACCAUCCAACCAGUCUAGUUGUUAUACCUUUGAAUCUCUUCAACUAGCUAGUUAAAAAUAAAAUAACAAAAUCAACUUA